AUGCCUCCAGGUGGCCUUUUCUCGCUCCGGCAGACAGAAGAACGUGUUCGUCAGGAUGAGGCGGUGUUCUGCGCAGGUGCGGGGCAGCAGCAGGCCAUUGUCGUUGGAGCCGCGGAGACCGUGGGGGCCCAGCACUCCUCUCCAGGCAGUAUGGUCUGUGCCGACGCGGGCGUUGAAGUCGCCAAGGACACAGUGGAUCAAGCACACACACACACACACACACACACACACACACACACACACACACACACACACACACACACACACACACACACACACGGAUGACGCAAGAGUGCUCCCUUCAACCACGAUACGUGACAGUUGUCUCCCUACCGGUACUCAGGGCUGUCCAGGGAGGCGGAACCGUUUUGAUUUCUAUGGUGGGCAGAGAGAGGGAGAGGACGUAACAAAUGGUUAACGUUGGUGGGUUCCAUCACAUUGGGUCAAUGUCAGCAGGUCAGGCGCGGUUCUUGAUGCGCCUGCAGCCGGCUGUUAAAUCCUGCAUUAGCAGCUGAUCGUUGACUCUACUUGCGCGGGUCCACCACACAUUCGGGGAGGGGGGGGGGGACGGGCUUUAGGCCAUCGCCAGCGCUAAUCGCAGCAGUAGCCGCACGGCAUCGCGGUCGCUCCGUAAACACAUUUUGCGCGCUCCUGAUGCUGCGGUCUGUAGGUCGUGUGAGGUCAGCCGCCAGGGCGGAGUCGACGCCGAGGCGAGGGGGCAGGUGGGUGGGGACAGUGGUGGCUUUGACGAAUGCGCCUCGCCACCUGACAUGCACUGCCGUCCACCAGGCUCCUUGUGUGCUGAUCCUCCUGGCCAGACAACCCUGCACAAACACUGCUGUGGUGGUUAUGUGCUUUGUGUCUAAGUUUAUUUGCAUUCCCCAACAGUAAAUCCAGGCUAAUAUGACCCUUAAAAGGGCAUUACCUCUAUAGGCAGGAGGCAGUUUACUGUGGAAGAAGAUAGUUUUAAUCAGUCUUCUGUAUAUCGUGUUACGAAUUCAGGCCGUAAAUGUUACAUAGCGACUAAUAACUAAUUCCCUUAAGUGAAUUUUAUCCAGCCCAUAACGCAGACCGUACACCUGUAUUGAAAAGUCUGCAUCUAAAGAAAUUUGAGUAGAAAUAGACCAGCUCUUUGAGAACCAAAUAAAACUUGUUGCAAAAAUUUCUGAGACUGGUUGCGCAACUCUUCGUCAGACUUAUGGGGCCGGCCAAACUCAGAUUCGUUUUGAAGAAAGAGACACGAUCUUUGGGGCACGAGCUCUAUUAGCCUGACGUUUCGGAUUCCUGCUCGAACCCAUCAUCAGGAGAAAGUCUCGAAAAUUUUGACUAUAGAGAUUGUUUUGUUUGCACGGAACCUCGCCUAUUUCUAACAUAUAUACAUUGCUAGUUGAAGCGAGAAUGCGCGUAAUAACCGAACACAGAUAAGUGGGCGAGGCGAUCAGAACCAUGAAUAUAUAUAUAUAUAUAUAUAUAUAUAUAUAUAUAUAUAUAGGCAGAAUGGUAUUGCCGACAAAGACAAGGGAGACUGGAAUGGCCAUUUCUGGCUUAUAAGCCGUCGUCAGCCAGCCAUACCCAAGCCCGAAGUGUGGAACACCCGAGCCUCGAACUCGCGACCUGUUGGUUUAGAAGUCAACGCCUCUACUCAUCGGGCCACGAGCCCGUUGCCUUGUCGGUUUUCGAUCGGGAAUAUACAGUGUUAGGGUGCGCUCACCGAUCGUUCAUACGGAACUCACUCGUUCCGUUGUGCCUUACGGGCUCUCUCUCGAGCCCAACCAGCAGCCGCACAGCGGCGCAUGAUAUAUAGGCAGAAUGAUAUUACCGACAAAGACAAGGGAGACCGGAAUGGCAAUUUCUGGCUUAUUAGCCGUCGUCAGCCAGCCAUACCCAAGCCCAAAGUGUGGAACACCCGAGCCUCGAACUCGCGACCUGUUGGUUUAGAAGUCCACGCCUCUAUCCACCGCCAGAAAUGGCCAUUCCAGUCUCCCUUGUCUUUGUCGGUAAUGCCAUUCUGCCUAUGUAUCAUGCGCCGCUGUGCGGCUGCUGGUUGGGCUCGAGAGAGGGCCCUUAAGGCACAACGGAACGAGUGAGUUCCGUAUGAACGAUCGGUGAGCGCCCCCUACCACCAUAUAUAUAUAUAUAUAUAUAUAUGGAUUUCAUGCUACUCGUAGUACUACUUGUUUGUAGAAUGGGCAUUAUGUGGUUAUUCCAUAGUAGUUGAUUGUCUUCGACUCAAAUGUUCAUUGAAAUUUCGGUUCUGACCCUAAAAAGUCAUGUCCCGGAGAUUUAACUCCAAGUCCUGCACUGAGUAAUUUCUGAAAUUAUUCGCGUGAUAUCUGGGCUUUUAACAAGUAUCUAUGUCGGGAGUACGGUAUAAUACAUGCAUAUAUAUAUAUAUGCUGUAUCAAUCUACCCGCAUUCUCUGUCGUCCCUCCUCGCUGCUAUUAUGACUUGGCCGACUUCAACCUGGUAAUUGGUUGCCUGUUCGUGACCUUUGCCACACAUACGGAGCUUGCUUGCUUUGUGAAACCAAUAGAUCGGUGUGCGCCCAUUCCUGAUUGAUAAAUACCCGAUCUGCAGCGACAGAGAAUGACAGGUGGCGAGGCACUGAUGAACUUCGGUUCGAUGAAGUGCUUAUGACCCAUCUGGUAGGCCUCAGUGGCGGACCGACUGCGCCAGGUGCGUCUGUGCGCAUGUUUGUGUUUCUGGUCGCAGCUGCUGGUGGUCAGGGUUAUGAUUGGCUGAAUGAAGGCAGAAUAAGCCCGAAACAGUGCUGUAUCAAUCUACCCGCAUUCUCUGUCGUCUCGCUGCUAUUAUGACUUGGCCGACUUCGGCCUGGUAAUUGGUUGCCUCUUCGUGACCUUUGCCACACAUACAGAGCUUGUUUGCUUUGUGAAGCCAAUAGAUCGGUGUGCGCCCAUUCCUGAUUGAUAUAUAUAUAUAUAUAUAUAUAUAUAUAUAUAUUGAAGAAGAUGGUAAGGCGAGCUCUGGGGAUGAUGAUUUAUUCAUCUGACUGCGUCAACUGCCUAGACUGUCAGGCCAACUAUUGCGGCAUGACAAACAAACGACUUAAAACGCGCAUACAUGAGCACACCUUAGCCGUCAAGCGGAAAGAUGCGCGCUCACACGUCGCCAUGCACAGUCUGGAAAAUGACCACCGGUUUGACUUUGACGGCGCCCAAGUGCUCGGCCGAGCGGAAAACAGACUGGCGCGAGAAAUAAUCGAGGCCUGGAAAACAGACACCAACUCCAUCAACCGCUGCGUCGAACUACCGGCACCAUACGAGGCCGCCAAACACCACCUACGCACCAGGGGAGGCCCAAUGAGGAUAGAAGUUGACGGCCCUAUCAGGCGAGAGCGAGAGGGACCUAUUUAAACCGUGUAAUUUUCUAAUAUUUCCUAUCUCCGAUGAUGCGCUCGAGUAUGAGUGUGAAACGUCAGAUGAAUAAAUCAUCAUCCCCAGAGCUCGCCUUACCAUCUUCUUCAAUUUCAACACCUGGGGUCAGCAUUUUCGCCUACAUCCAUAUAUAUAUAUAUAUAUAUAUAUAUAUUCAGGUGAAUAAUUUCAGAAAUUAAUCAGUGCAGGACUUGGAGUUAAAUCUCCGGGACAUGACUUUUUAGGGCCAGAACCGAAAUUUCAAUGAACAUUUGAGUCGAAGACAAUCAACUACUGUGGAAUAACCACGUAAUGCCCAUUCUACAAACAAGUAGUACUACGAGUUGAAGUCAAAGGCGUUCCUUGGGAAGAAGGAAGUCUAUUGAGUAAAUUUUCGACACCGGUUCCCCAGGUCGGCGUCAGACACAGACUGAGAGCAAAUGUACCGACAACAGUUAAAAUCUGGCAACGCACUUGAAAAAUCGAUAAUCGUUGGCGUUUGCACCCGUUAGCGGCCGCUAUUUGCGUCAUUCUGUCCUUAUUGGCUCUCGUCUCUGUAAUUUCGCCUUGAGACUUUUGUACGCGGCGUCCACCUCGAUAUGACCGUUGAUGCACGACUCAUCCGAGUGCAUGGCCUCAAGGAACUCUCGGCCUUUCUUCAAGCGGCAGGCACCGACAAUAUGUGUUCCGUCCCAAGCAAACGUAUGCCCCGUGGCCAGGGUAUGCAUGGUUAUUUGAGACAGGGGGCCUCGCCUCUUUACUGAAAGUUGGUGUUCGUGAAUGCUCGUAGAGGCGGAUUUUUCUGUUUGUCCACAAUAAACUGCAUUACAGGGCCUCCCAUGGGAUCUUGUGGACGACUUCCUUUCUAUCCAAAUAGCCGAACCUAUCCUUAGGGCGUACUUCCUGAGUACGUAGUGUUGUCGUUGGUCUGUGUGACACCAGAAUUUGGUCCCUCUUUAGGUGCCUUUCCAUGAGUUCAGACACGUUUUUGAUGCAAGGGAGAGUUCGCCAUGUAUUUGGCUUGGGUGCCUCACUGGAAGUUCGUUGCUCCCUUUCUUUUGACUCUUUUUGUCUCGUGCAUCGGCGCACAAAAUCAUUGGAGUACCCAUUUCGGGAAAAUGAUUCACACGAGUAACUUAACUGGUCUCGGUAGCCUUCUUCCUCCGAGCAGUGUGUUUUUGCCCGAUUAAGCAGACUGUGGACCGUACUCCGUUUGUGGGAAAUGGGGUAGUUGCUCUUGUGGUGUAGAAUGACUUCCGCAUAGGUUUCUUUGCGGCAAACCGAUGUGGGCAAUGCUUCGUCGGUCUUCCGCUACACGAGUACAUCCAAAAAUGGGAGUUUUUUUGUCAACUCCAUUCUCGAGUGUGAAUUUAAUCCCCGGCAUUGUUGGGUUGAUAGUGUUUUGGAGCGAUUCCAGUUGAUCCUUUUUAACGAUUACAAAUGUCGUUUUUUAAUUUCCUCAGAAACUAUCUAAGGAAUUUGGAGUAGAUCAAUUUAUUCAAGGUCUAUAGGCUCAGACCGAGAAUUUCAUAAAUGAGUAUUGGGGCCAAAGACCAUCAGCCACAGCGGGUAACUGCGUAAUAUACAUUACUGCCGACAGGCAGCUAGCAGUAUGCUCUGGGGCAAGGUGAUACCAUACUAAUAGCAAUGGGCUUUUAGAUAGUACCUAUGCUAUUAGUAUGGUACCACCUUACUCUAAAGAUUAUAAAUGUGUCGUCCACGUAUCGCAGCCACAAUUAACGGUUAACUAACGGAAGAGCCAUGGCCUGCAGUUUCUGAAUUGUGAUCUUGGCGAGGAAGCCUGAGAUAAGUGACCCCAUUGGGACUCCUUCCAGGUGUUGUCAGUACUACUGGUCGAACGAAAAAUUAGUCUCCCUACAUAGGUCUAAGAGUUCGUGCUUACAGUCGUGUUUCGGAGAUGGCUCCGCUGCGAUUUUGGACAAAGCAGGCUAUAAUGUAAAAGCAUGCUUGAUGCGUACAUAACUGAUGCCCGUUGUCGACUCCGAAAAUUCCAAGAUUCUAAGGAGCAACACAUGCAGUUUUGCCGAAACCAGCUUCCAUUUGAUUGGUUUGAAUCUCUGAUCGAAACCAUCAUCUGUGCCUCACAACUCGAACGACAAAAGAAAAGGAGUAUUUUAGACAAAAAGUGGACGACCAUUUCUCAAAAAAACUGAUGCAAACCAGAAGUGCCCAGCGAAGGUCGUAAACCUGUCCUCGAGAAUUCUGACAUAAUCGGAAGAGAAUGUGCUUUCUAAAGGCAUGGGCUUUUAGUUAGUACCUAUUCUUGGCUUACUGUAUAAUACGGUUGUUAGAAACCAGUUGUAUUGUCCUGACGUCUCAAAAAUAAACGAGCUUCCAUCGUCUGAGGCGAGUGUGGUUUUGCGCCUCACAGUACUUCUAGGUGGGUGACGGUCCUCUUAAGACGGGUUUGCGUAUGCAGUCAGGGCGGUCGGGAGGAUGGAGUAGCGAAGGGAGGGAUGAGGGGGUGGUGUACUUACAUUAGUGAUCAUUCGCAUGCAUGCUUGGACUGUUGCGGACGGGGGAGGGAGGGGGACGGAAUGUACUCAAUCUACGUCGGGGGCCGACGCUAAGACGAUGGGGGCCGUCGUUUUUAGAUGCCCGUUGGGUUUUCGAUGAACGAAAACGUCAAGGAACGGCACUUAGUUGGUGACUUGCGUCUCCAUUGAGGACUGGGUGUCAGGGAAAGCAGAGUUUAGGACAUCACUGAAUUCUUGGACCAUUUCCCGCUUAAUGAUAACGAAGGUAUCAUCGACACAUCGAGUCAACAAGUUCGGCUUAUGAGUUGCAAAACUAGGGUCUCUACUUUUUGCAGAACCGCCUCUGCGAUGAAGCCCGAGAGCUGCGAUCCCAUUGGCGUCCCCUUGACCUGCUCGUAUGUUCUACUUUCGAAGGUGAAGCACGUCUUCAGACAGAAUUUUAACAGUUGGACGAAAUAUCCCCAUUUUAGGUCACGCCCGUCUCGUCGUCUCGGGCAGCUUGCUCACCGUUUCUACUCGCGGAAUCGAAGUGAAGAGAGAAAUGAUUUCGUAUGACACCAUGACCUUGUCAUCGGUCAGGAACAGAGUCGCCGAAGAGACCGUCGCGGCCGCGUUCGAGGUGAGAGACCCCAGGUUCCGGGACAAUCACUUAGCCCAAUUAAACGUUGAUGCGCCGCACAAUGACACGAUUGGCUGGGGAGGUACCCCAGCUUUGUGUAGUUUUGGUAUUCCGUAAAACCUUGGUGCGGCUGCGUAUUUUGAUUUAAUGGCCAGUCGUGCCGAUUUACUUAUUAAUUUCUUUGUCUGCAUGUCGGCGAGUGUUUUGUCCUGCUUCCUCGUCGGUUCACCAUCACAUUGCCAGGCCUGGGCGACAGCUAAGGUUAAUGAAGUUACAAACGACGGCCCCCAUCGUCUCAGCGUCGGCCCCCGAUGUAGAUUGAGUACAUUCCGUCCCCGGUCCCUCCCCCGCCCGCCACAGCCCCAGUGUGCAUGCGUAUGAUAAUCACUAAUGUUAGUACACCACCCCCCUCAUCCCUCCCUUCCCUACCCCUUCCUCCCGGCCUCCCUGACUGCAUACGUAAACCCGUCUUAACAGGACCGUCACCCACCUAGAAAUACUGUGAGGCGCGCUACCACACUCGCCUCAGACGAUGGAAGCUCGUUUGUUUUUAAGCACCAGGACAAUACGACCAUGGUUCCCGGACUGGCCUCUUAUUCUCUCUUAUAUCCGGGGACUCGAGUCUUCGGUUCUAUUAGAAAUAUAUAUAUAUAUAUAUGAAUUUGAAAACAAGCAUCACAAGAAUCAUAAUUCGGAAAAUAUAAGCUCUGUGGGAAAGAUAAAAACUUUAUUGUAAAUAUUCGACCCCGAUUCCCCAAAUCGUCCUCAGAGGUGUAGUAAUUGUGCAAAACAGUUCAUAUUUAAACGUUCCUAAGAAUCAAUUUUGUCCUGCCACUUCUGCUGGCGUAAUGUUCUGAUUGACCAAUGCCUUUUCCAUUUUUCCUUGAUGUUGUUGUACACACCAUCCAAUUACACGUGUCGAUUGAUGCAUGAGUUAUCAGAAUUGACGGCCUCUAAAAAUUCGCAGGCUUUUUUAUAUGAGCAGACACCUACAAUGCGAGUUUUGACAUAGGCAAAUUUGUGUCCAGUUUCCAGCGUAUGUAUGGCAAAUUGAGACAAGUGAUCUCGCCUUUUUACGUCCAGUUGAUGUUCGUGUGUUCGUGUAGAGGCCAAUUUCCCACUUUGACCACAGUAAACCGCAUUAUAGGUGUUGCAUGGUAUCUUAUAGACAACUUCCUUCUUAUCUAAAUAGCCAACGCUAUCCUUUGGGUGUACAAGCUAGUUACGAGGUGUAGUCAUUGGCUUGUGCGCCACAUGUAUUUGGUGCUGCCUCAGGUGGCUUUCAACUAUUUCGGACGCAUCCUUAAUGUACGGAAGUGUUCGCCAGUUUUUUGGUUUGGGCGCCUGAUCAGAACAAUCUAGUUCUUUGUCUUUUUCUUUUAACUUUUGUCGUCCCAUGCAUCGGUGUACAGAAUAUCUAGGAUAUCCAUUCGGGGAAAAGAGAUUGAACAAAUAAUUCAGUUUCGUUUGAUAGGUUUUGUUGUCAGAGCGGCGAGUUCUCGCUCGGUUCAGGAGGCCUUUCAUGGCACCCAGUUUGUGAGAGCUCAGGUGAUCGCUCUCGUAAUAAAAAAAAUUUCAGCGUAGGUUCCCUUGCGGUAAACCGAAGUGUGAAAUGUCCCGUCAAACACCUGAGGAAACACCAAAUACAUGUUGCGCACAAGCCAAUGACUACACCUCGUAACUAGCUUGUACACCUAAAGGAUAGCGUUGGCUAUUUAGAUAAGAAGGAAGUCGUCUAUAAGUUACCAUGCAACAUCUAUAAUGCGGUUUACUGUGGUCAAAGUGGUAAAUUGGCCUCCACACGAACACACGAUAGUUCGAUCGUCGCAUCCGACGAUGCUCACCGCAUGCCCCACAGCAGAUGGUGGGAGCACAGAUGGUGACUUGCGCAGGGGUUCAUAGUGCCAGUAGACUUGUGCUGCAUUUACCACACUCUCUCCACCUCCCCGCCCGAGUCCGGCGUCAAGACAGAGUCAAGAAGACCGGAGACGAGGGAGGCCGCAGGUGGAUGGCUUGGACGGAUCCUCGUCUUGGCGCUCCACUCCGCACCCUCUGGUCCACUCAACAAACAACCAGGACUUUGACCGCCAAAUUAAUGGGGUGAUGGCAAAGGUCCAGUCGUGCGACGACUGCCGACAGCAGGGUCUGCCAGCGCACCCCUUAAGUGCUGGCAAUUGUUACUGCUCACAGAUAACGCCUGCCAGAGUCCGAUGUGGCCACCGUGUUGGUCCAGCGCCUCUACCACGUGGCUCGUUUGAGGGACACACACACACACACACAACUGGGCAGACUGCGGGGACUGAGUUGGGAUGUCAGUCGGCUGACUUCCGAGUCCCAACGCUCGACGCACCGUCUUCACCUCAGAUUUCGAUCACACAUGCAGCAAGGGAGCCGUGUGUUGAAGGGGCCGAGGUGCACGUGGGUGGCAGCUGGGUGCUUGCGGUGGGUGACGUUGAUAUGCGGUGAGAUGUUAGUGAGGGAGGAUAUGAUGGUGUUGUGCAGCCGGCGGUUGUCUACUGCAGGUUUUCGUGGACGCGCAUGUGGCCUAUAGGCCCAUGCUGGGCACGAAUUUUUGAGAGCAGUGUGGACAGUGGAUGCGGAUGCUGCGACUGUAGGCUGGUGCUCCAGGAACUGGUUCGUCAGCCUCUGUGCAAUGGAUUCGUGAGUGACCGACAGGCCGACGCGUGAACUGACUGUACGAGAGCAGUGUAGAAAUGGGAAGUCGGUGGUGUCAGUAUCAGUUCCGAUGAUGAUGAUGACGACGACGACGACGACGACGAUGAUGAUGAUGACGACGACGAUGAUGAUGAUAAUGAUGAUGAUGAUGAUGACGACGACGACGACGACGACGACGAUGAUGAUGAUGAUGAUGAUGAUGAUGAUGAUGAUGAUGAUGAUGAUGAUGAUGAUGAUGAUGAUGAUGAUGAUGAUGAUGAUGAUGAUGAUGAUGAUGAUGAUGAUGAUGAUGAUGAUGAUGAUGAUGAUGGCGGUGGUGGAGGUGGUGGCGGUAGUAGUGGUGGGUUUGGCUGAGCAUAAUGGGUGUGCAGGAUGUACUGAGUGAGAUAGGGUUGGUGGCAGUGGGCGUGCUGGGCGGCGAAGUGUGAGCGAGGCUAGGCCAGGUGGGCUUGCUGGAGGUGUCGAGACUGCGGCCAGUUCCGCUCUCGUGGAUACGCAUGUGGCCGAAUAGGCCCAUGUGGUGCAUGAAUGUGCGUGGACAGUGUGGGCAGUGGAGGCGAGUGCGGUGGCUGUAGGUUGGUGCUUCAGGCACUGGUUGGCCGGUCCCUGUGCGAUGGAUUGGAAAGUGGCCGACCAGGCUAUUGUGUGAGGUGAAGGUGCGGUCGCCAUGAGGACAUGUGUAGUCCUGGUCCUCACCUCUGGUGUCGCCCCAUCGCCGGCGUUGGUGUUUGUUGGUGUUUCAGGAUUGUGUGUAGUGCUGAUGGGCAUGACAGACUUCAUAGCGGCGGAAGUUGAGGCGGUGGAGGAGGAGGAGGAGGAGGAGGAGGAGGAGCAGGUGGAUAGAAAUGAUGGUUGGGAAGGGCGGCCGACGUUUGCUGACGGCGUGGGAGGCGAAUGA